AGCCUUCAAGGAGCAGGAGGCCGGCUAAAGCUUUCGGGGCGGGAUCGCCUUGGCCGCGGAGGAAGAAGCCGUGGGUCCCGCUCAGCGUCCGCGCUGCCUUUGCGCUUUGUGUUCUGGUCGCUGCCCCGAAGAUGCCGCUGUGCCUGAGCGAGUGGGACGGGCCGCUGUGCCUGAGCGAGGUGGAGGAGAAGCCGGCGCAUCCCUUGCGAGUGCUCUAUGGGGCUGUGGAGAUCGAGGAACUCGGCCAAGUACUCACCCCAACCCAGGUCCAGAACCGUCCAACAUCCAUUGAGUGGAAUGGCUGUGACCCACAGAAACUCUACACUUUGAUCCUCACGGACCUGGAUGUUCCAAGCAGGGUGAACCCAAGGCUCAGAGAAUGGCAUCAUUUCCUGGUGACCAACAUGAAAGGCAAUGACAUCAGCAGUGGAUGUACCCUAUCAGAGUAUGUGGGAUCGGCACCUGCUAAAGACACAGGUCUUCACCGCUACGUAUGGCUGGUCUAUGAGCAGCCCCAGCGACUGACCUGCGAUGAACCCGUCUUGAAUAACAUCUCAGCUGCCAAGCGGGAGAAUUUCCGAGCUGCGUCUUUCCGCAAGAAGUACAAGCUGGGGGCCCCUGUGGCAGGCGUGUGCUACCUGGCCGAAUGGGAUUGCUUCGUACCAAAGAUCUAUGAGCAGCUGAAUGUCAAAUAGAGGACAGCCUAGAAUUUAGAUCCCACCUGGUCACAAUUGAUCCCCUCCUUCCCUACACAAUAUGUCCAGUGGACCACCCUUGCAGAAUUACAAAGAUUACCUCUCUCUCCGUAUUCCCUACCUGCAUCUGGAGUCACUUGAGCUGCAUUCAGAUGGUGUUUGUCAAGAGGAACAGAUCUCUACGUAGUGUGUAUCCAUCUCUUGGACUCUGUAUGUCCCCAACCUCUUUCUAUGGAGAGCAUUACAUUUGCAGGCCCCCAGCAAGCAGAAAUUUCAGGAUAAGUCCUUUUAUAACAAUAUAAGAAUUUUACAAUAACCUGCUUCUCUGGCUUUUUGGUUUGUCAAAUGUGCAAAAACAGUAACCCAGGAAUAGUUACUUACAUUGCAGGGUUGGUUUAAGGAUGAAGAACACACAAAGCUGCUUUAUUGCAACUCAACAACAUGGAGAGAGAAAAAUAUCCUCCCCCUUUACCAGAAGCUUAAUGGGAUGCUAUUUACCAAGUGAUGUUAUUUAGCUCCAUGCCAUGAAAAGCUUCAAGUGUCCAUUUCCACACAUUAAAACUCUGUUAAAGGGGCAAAGCACUUUUCCUUCAGGUUGUUGGCAGCUCUCUUGGUCCAUCAGGCUCUGUAUUGUCCGCUCUGACUGGCAGGAGCUCUCCAAGGUUGAGGGGAGGGCAGUCUUUUCCAAAGGGCUGGAGCUUAAAUGCUGGGGCUUGAACCUAGGAUCUUCUGCAUGCAAAGUGCUGAGCCACUGGCUUGCAAAGAGAAAAGGGAACAUCCUUCAUUCUCUUACAAGAUUGCAAAAUCUAGUUUCUGCCUGCUGAGCUUCAGUCAGGCUCGGUAGUAAAGCACAAAACUUGCAAUACAGAAAGCUGCAUGUUCAGUUCCCUCUCCUCUUCAGUGUUAGGAUCCCCAGUAGCCGAGCUGGGGGGUGGGGGGAACCCUUUGCAGAGGGGAUGCCUUUGGGUGCAGGGUCCAAUAUGUAAGGCAGCUUCUUGUGGCAUUUUCUUCAAUUAUGGGUGCUCUAUUAAGGACUUCAAAAGGGUAGCCCUGUUAGCCUGUUGCAGCAAAGUAAACUAGAAAGCAGGUGGGCACCAUUAAAACUAACCAGGUUUAUUCCAGCAUAAGUUUUUGAUAUUCCCUUCUCGGGUGUUCCGUAUAAGGAUAGACUUUGCAACUGUAAUUUUGGGGAACCUGAUUCUGUCACCCAUAUUCUUAUUCGCUGUCCUAAAUAUUCCGUUAUGCGCAAUAUUUUGAUUCGCCCUCUUCUCCCUUCGCAGAGAGACUUUCUGGAUAGGGAUUUAAAUUUCUUUCUAGCAGACAAGAGCCCAGCAAUAAUGCUAUCUGUUGCAGAAUUUCUGACCCAUGUAUGGAAGUCAAGAGUAAUAUCCUGUAAACCUUGUAAACCAUGCUAGGAUUGCCUUGUAUUUUGAGAUAUUGGGAAUAUUGGUUGAU